GUAAAAGAGAAUAAAAACAGUUUGUUACAAAACCCUCGUUUAACUGGUUGUAUAACUUGACUGCUGAAACGUCGGCCGCCGUCUCCCUCGGCAGCGCACUUUUCUCUUCUGCACCAACGCGGCUCCUGAGGCUUGUCGUCCACAGUGAUCACAGACCCACUUCAGUCCUCUGCCCUCUGACCGACUCACUCACCGGUCAAAUCAUCAUGUCAGACAGAAAACGCAAGUCCAAAGCUGCUGCUGCCGAACAGCCCAGCGCCAAGCAGCAGAAGCUGAGAGCUGCGGGCUGGCUGGAGGAGCUGGUGAAGGAGCACAGGGUGGAGAACAAGGAGGUGAAAUUCAACAAGAAACGCCUCCGUGUUCUAUCUGACACAGAUCAGAUAAAGCAGGACUCCGAGGGUGUCCUGUACUGGAUGCUGAGAGACCACAGAGUACAAGAUAACUGGGCUCUGGUCCAUGCCCAGCGGCUUGCUUUGAAGAAGAACCUUCCUCUGCACGUCUGUUUCUGCCUGGUUGUCCCAAAAUCAGAACUGUCCACUCUGAGACAUUACAGCUUCAUGCUGAAAGGUCUGGAAGAAGUUGCAACGGAAUGCAAAGCCUUAGACAUCCAGUUCCACUUGCUGCACGGUUCAGCGGGGGACGUUCUCCCUGGCUUUGUUUCUGACCGCAGCCUGGGUGCAGUGGUGACAGACUUCUCCCCCCUCAGAGAGCCACUGCAAUGGUUGGAGGAUGUUAAAAAGGCUCUUCCAGAGGACAUUCCCCUCAUACAGGUUGAUGCCCACAAUAUUGUGCCCUGCUGGGUCGCAUCACCUAAGCUCGAGUAUGCCGCCAGGACGAUCAGAACGAAAAUCACAAAGCUGUUGCCAGAGUUCCUCAAAGAGUUUCCUCUGGUAGAGAAACACUCACACACAGCUACAAAAACUGCCAAACCAGUAGACUGGGAGAAAACCCUGGCCUCCCUGCAGGUCGACCGAGCAGUAGGAGAGACGGAGUGGGCACAGCCAGGCACCAAGGGAGGACUGGCCAUGUUGGAGUCCUUCAUCGAUGUACGCCUUAAACUGUUCGACACCAAACGCAAUGACCCAAACGCUGCUGCCCUCAGCCAGCUGUCCCCCUGGAUCCGCUUUGGCCACCUGUCAGCCCAGCGUGUGGUGCUGCAAGUUCAGCACAGUGGGAAGUCCGCCGGUCACACUGUCACCUCCUUCAUCGAGGAGUUGGUUGUGCGCAGAGAGCUGACCGACAAUUUCUGCUUCUACAACAAGAAGUACGACAGCGUGGAGGGUGCGUAUGUAUGGGCUCAAAAGACCUUGAAAGAUCACGCCAAAGACAAGAGGCCAUAUCUCUACACGCGUGAGCAGCUGGAGAAGGCAAAGACGCAUGACAAACUCUGGAACGGUGCUCAGUACCAGAUGGUCUCUGAGGGGAAGAUGCAUGGUUUCUUGAGGAUGUACUGGGCAAAAAAGAUUCUAGAGUGGACGUCUUCACCAGAGGAGGCCCUCUCAAUCGCUCUUUACCUAAAUGAUCGCUAUGAGCUGGAUGGCCAGGACCCCAACGGCUUCGUCGGUUGUAUGUGGUCUAUUUGUGGCAUCCAUGACCAGGGUUGGAAAGAGAGGGAGGUUUUUGGAAAGAUCCGCUACAUGAACUACAAAGGCUGCCUGCGAAAGUUUGACGUAGCCCGGUUCGAGAAAAAAUACUCUCCCAAAAACCUUUGAAGCAUAAAAUGUUGGAAGGAUGGGAAUACAAUGCUGAUGGCGUAAAUCUCUUCCAUCUUUACCUCAGGGAGCGUUUGUACAGCCUUUCUUGCAGGAUUUCUUGUUCUUCACUGUUUGUUUUUUUUGUCCAAAACAUGUUGCUUCAAGGUGCUAAAUCUCAAAUUCAGAGCAUAUCUAUGAUUGAGGGAUUGCCUCCACAUGGUGCUCAAUGUGGCAGCAGUUAAGCCAGUACAAACAACGGCAACUGUGCUGACAGAGUGAACUGUUUAACAUGAUCUGAGGUGUCUACUUAUUAAGCAGAAAGAGCCAGAUCUUUGCUUUGUUUCAUUCUACUUUUUGUUUUAUUUUUAUUGUUUUUUACACGAAAGAUGCCUUGUUUGAAUAUAGUUUUGCAACAACUGCUUCCACGAUACAUGAUGUUAUUUUUGAGGAUCUCUGAGGGUUUGUCUCUUCAUACCAAACCUUUUUUAUGUUUACUUGUAUCACCGUUUCUUUAUCAAUUUACAGUUCUCCAUCUGUAAUUUAUCUGUAAGACCUGAAAUACAACAUAUGUUGCCUUUUAA